AACAAAUAGAUGUAUAGCAGAAGAAUGGAGGGUGGUUGUGUUGCUAUGUAAACAAAUUCAUUUUCCUCAAUUUUGACAAACAGUCAGUUUGUACUAUCAUAUUAUGAUAUAAAUGUUAAGUAAAGUAAAGAAGACUGAAGAAUGGCUACAGGGAAAGUUAAAGUCGUAAAAACAACGAAAAAAGCAGGCGAUCAUGACCCUAAAGAAUGCAAUCACACUUUACGGGGACAAUACAUUCAUUACAAGCCGGCGAGGGCCAUCGAAGGCAAGCCACUUGUAAAAUUGUAUGAACAGAGUGGCGUAAGGGAUCUGAUUGUACCAAAGAGAGAUCCCCUUGAAUUACCGGGGAUAUGGCCAGAAUCAGAGUACAAAAGAUUGAAAAAGCAAGCUCGGGUGAUAACAGAGAAAGAACGAAAAGCAAUGAUAGAAGAAGCUGAGAGAAAAAAGAUCCAGUUGCAAGAUGAAUGCGAAGAGAGAAGACAAAUGCUGAAGAAGGCCCAAUUGGAACAGAAACCAAAACCAGGGUCUACAUUAAACCAAGCUGAGGAUGAAGCAACAAAAAAGAGCCUGUACCUUCUUCAAAGGGCUUUCGAACUAAGACAAGAACAAGAAGACGAAGUGAAAGCUGCAAACAGCAUAAUUUUGGCUUCCAAAUGCCUGGCUAUUAGACAAGCGCAAUUAACGGAAAAGGAGGUUAUUAAAAGAGAACUUGAAGAAGAAGAUAGACGUUUAGAUAUGAUGAUGGAACAACGACGUCAAAUGGCAAUUAACGAAGAAGAAAGGAAGAGACAGGAACAAAAAGAGAAAAACAGAACGUUUGUAGGAGCGAUGAUGCAACAAAUCAAAGAAAAUGAAAUCAGUCGUUUGAUGGAAACGGAAGCAAAGGAAGAAGAAAGUAGGAAUAUAAACAGGGCCUUGAUUGCCAUGAGGCGAGAAGACGACGAGAAAGAAAAGGCGAAGCGUGAAAAACAGAAACAAAUUAGGGAGGAAUUUAAUAGGAAUAACAAGGAAUUAGAAAAAUAUAAGUUGAUUGAAAGAGAAGAAGAAAAAAUUACUGAAAUGAGAGUGCAAGAAUUUAUGAGAAAGAAAGCCGAAAGAGAAGAGCAACUUGAAAGGGAGAUACAGGAGGGUAAAGCAGCAAAAGAGAAGGAAAUUGCAAGAUUAAGGGCCAUGCAAGAAAGGGCAGCUGACCAACAAGCUGCCGCUGAUGAACUUAAUGCCAUGAGAAUACAAGAAGAGGUAGAGAGAGAAUGGAGAGAUAAACAAAAAGCUAUCGCCAAGAGAAAAGCAGAUGCUGAAGAAGAAUUGAAAAGAGAUAGAGCAAGACAAAUGGAAGAUAUCCGGAAAGGGCAGGCAUUAGAAAUAGCUCGUGAGAGACAAGAAUUUUUCCAAGUUGCCAAGGUGCAACAAGAAGAGUACAACAAGGAGCAAGAAAAAAAGAGAAAGCAACGGGAGGCAGCAGUUUGUCACAGGAAAGAGCUCCUCAAGCAAAUUAACGAGAAGGAACUCGAAAGGAUCGAAAAACAGAAACAAAAAUUCGAAGAGGGUGAAGCCAUUCGCCUAGAACAGGAGAUUCGCAGUUUGAACAUUAAACAAAUACUUAAGAAAAAAGUGGAAACACUGAAGCAAAAUAAUGUCCCUAAGAAAUUUGUUACGGACGUAGCCAGACAGCUGGGGGUGUAAUGACAACCAAGGAUGACCCUCAAACAUUUAUGCACGUGUUAAAUUUACUUCCAUUUAUUAUACCUACAUUAUACGCUAUUAUAUAUUUAUAACUAUUACAAUAAAAUCGAACUAAAUAGUAAA